AAUGCAAUAAAAUUUUUGCGCGCGCAUUUCCACAUUUUGGACUCUCGACUCUCGUGUGACAUCGCUGACGAAAAUGUUGUACCUCGUUGGUAUAUAAAGAGAGUGGUGGUGGAGUGUGGGUGGCUUAAAAAAAUAACAUUCGUAUUGAGUACGCGUCUGUGUAUGUGUGUGUGUUUGAGUGAGUUUGUAUAGGACUGUGUGCGCUCUCUCGCUCUCGCUCUCGCUCUUACUCGCUUUGGUGGCAAUAGCAAUAUCGAUGUGUCUUUGUGUAUGGGCGGGCGUGUGUGUGUGAGUGAGUGACGAUUCCCAUUCGAAUGCAAUUCGUUUCCUUGAUUUCUUCGAGUCUCGUCUCAGUCGUCGUCCGUCGUCGUCGUCGUCAUCGUUGUCGCUGUCGUUGUCGCUGUCGUCGUCCUCUCGUAUGCGAAUCUCAUAAGCUCAGUGACACGCCGUCGGCACGGUAACGAGUUUCGCUUUACGUUACGGUUACGCUUACGUAUACAUUUAUACGUUACAUCCUCUCUCUCUGUCUGUCGCACGCGUUCUGCACCGUGAUCUGAUUUGUGCAAAAGAUGAUGCGAAUAUUCAAUUGAAAAAUGCUUUCGAAACGCAUCUAGAAUUCAGUUGGAUUGCGAUUGCAAUUGGAGAAUGUUCAAUUAAACUAUUAAAAUCAACAUACAAAAAUUAAUUCAAAUUAAUUAAAUAUAAACAACGUGCGCGUGUGUGCUACAUGCAAUCAUCAAUGGAAAUCUAAUUGUUCUAAUCGUUAAUAAUUAUCUAAAAAAAAAAAAAUUAAAAAAAAGUGAAGUCACAAACACGAAAUUAACACGCGUAAAUAAUAAUCAAAAUCAAAAUCACAAUCAAAAUCGAGAAAGAGAAAGAGAAACAAAACUAUUAAGAAGAAAAAAACAAAAAAAUUGAGUGUGUGUGGAACCAAUGACGAAGCAUGGAUUCUGUCAAUGCCAAUAGCCAAUCCGUAGCAAGUGAAUACAGUGAAAAGCAACUCGAGUGCGAAACCAAUGAACAACAGAAAUCAAUAAGCAACAACAACAACAACAACAAUAAUUCAACAGCAAUCAAUAACAAUUACAGCAACUACAACAACAUUAGUGCACAUAAGCUACUGAUCGGCAGCAGCAUGAAUACAACAGCGAUGCUAAUGCAUCAUCAGCAACAACAGCAGGCAGCAGCAGCAGCAGCCGCCGCUGCAGCCGCCGCCGCACAGCAACAACAGCAACAGCAGCAGCAGCAACAGCAACAACAGCAGCAACAGCAACAGCAGCAACAACAGCAACAGCAGCAACAUCAGCAACAGAAUGGCGGUCGCGACGGCAGCAACAGUUCACGUGGCGCCGGCGAUGAUCGGUCCAACAACAACAACAGCAACAACAACAACAGCGGACGCAAUGGACGCGGCUCCAGUUGCUCCCCAGCGAGCAGUCCAACGCGACAUGGCAGCGCUGUGAGUCCUGUGAGCUCGUUGAAUCAAUCGAUGAUGGCACAAAUGGCACAACAGCAACAGCAGCAACAACAACAGCAGCAACAUCAUCAGCUCAGUCCGCCGCCGCAUGUGACGGGUGCAUUGCCGACAGGAUUGGCACCAAGGAUGCCACACGGUUUGCCGCCGCAUUCCCUUGGGCUGCUCAACUCGCUGCAGAUGAUGCAUCAUGCCUCGCCGCUGGAACUCAUGGCUGCCGCACAUCAUCAUGUGCCACCGCGUUCGUAUAAUUCGCCGCCGCCGAUCUCGACGUCGGAUCCCAGUGCCAAUGAGUGCAAGUUGGUCGAGUAUCGGGGCCAAAAGGUGGCCGCCUUCAUCAUCAGUAAUGAGACAAUGUUGUGCCUGCCGCAGGCGUUUGAGUUGUUCCUCAAGCAUUUGGUUGGCGGCCUCCACACGGUCUAUACGAAGCUGAAGCGUUUGGAUAUUGUGCCGCUCGUUUGCAAUGUGGAGCAGGUGCGCAUUUUGCGUGGAUUGGGCGCCAUUCAGCCGGGUGUCAAUCGCUGCAAGUUGCUCAGCUGCAAGGACUUUGAUGUGCUCUACAGGGACUGCACCACUGCCAGAUGCCUAUCGAUCAAGCCGCCAGAAAGUAACUCUCUGCAAUUCCGCAGUUCCAGACCGGGUCGACCGCCCAAACGUGGCCCCGUUGGCCUCUCACUGCCGCCCACGCAUCUCACCCAGCAUCCGCAGCUGAAGAAGCAUCGCCUGGACAACGGUGACUAUGCCUAUGAGAAUGGUCACAUUAGUGCGUACAAUUUUGUUGUUGCAGAUAUGAAUCGGCUGGAGAAGUCGCCGCUGCUGGCCAACGGCUACAAUCCGCCGCCGAUCAACCACAUGGCCUUCAUGCAGAUGAAUGCCCAUCAUCCGGGUGCCGCUGCCUUGAUGUCCCCCGGGAUGCCCCCACACGGACUUCAUGCGCGUCCCGAGAGCCAAAUGCUGAAGGCAGCUGCCCAAAAUGCUGGCAUGUCGGCGGCCAAUAUGGAUGCAUUGGCCAGAUCGGGCAUCUGGGAGAAUUGUCGUGCGGCCUACGAGGAUAUUGUGAAGCACUUGGAACGUUUGCGCGAAGAGCGCACCGAUGAGCGUCAGCAGGCGAUUUGUGCUGGGGGCGGCGGAGAGCGAGGUGGAAGUGUGAUCAGUGAACGUGACUCGAAACCGCGAGAUCUCAGCUCGCAUAAUUGUUCACCCACGCGCCAGAGUCCAGUGCUGAAUUUGAGCAAAUCCGGCGGCAAUACGGAUCAUGGCGGCAGCAAUUGCGAUGCCGGCAGCGAGCGUAGCGAUUGCUUGUCGGCAGCUGGUUCGCCACGUCAUCCACGUAGCUUGGAUGAGCGCAGUCGCAGCGUUGGCGGCGGUCCCAUCAUUGGCGUCGAGGACGAUGAGGAGGAGGAGAACUUGAGCGAUGAGAACCAAUCUGAAGUCGAUGAACGCUGCCUGGCCAAAGACGAUGAUGACUUGAGUGACACGGAGCGUGAUAAUCUAUCCACGGGUUCGGCGGCCGCUGCCGCUGCUGCUGCCGCCGCCGCUGCACAUUUGCAUCAGCACGCGGCAGUGGCAUCGCAUCAUCAUCAUCACCAUCAUCAUCCGGCGCAAGCCCAUCAUCUGGCUGGCGUCGGUGCCCAGCAUGGUUCGCCCACAGCCGAGGCUGCUGCGGCCGCUGCACUGCAUCAUCAGCGUGCCCUCAACUAUUCCCAGCUCGCCGCUGCCGCAGCUGUGGCCAAUGGCGCCGUUGCCGGCACUGUCGCCGCCAAUGGUCCGCCUUCGGCUGGUGGCGGUGGCGCCUUGACGCCCAAUGAGGCGCUGCUGGCGGCCAACGAUGCCACAGCUGCAGCUGCUCUCGCUGGUGGCUUGGCUCUUGGACCGCUGGGCAUCGAUGCACAUGCUGCGGUGCCAGCCAGCUCGACGGAAACGCUGCUGCGCAACAUUCAGAGCUUACUGAAGGUGGCAGCGGAUAAUGCCAGGCAACAGGAGCGACAAAUCAGCUACGAGAAAGCUGAGCUCAAGAUGGAUGUGCUGCGUGAACGCGAGGUCAAGGAUUCACUGGAGCGACAGCUUGUCGACGAACGCAAAUUGCGUGUGCUUUAUCAGAAACGCUUUAGGCGCGAGCGCAAGAUACGCGUCCGGUAUCAACAGCAGUUGACUGGCAGCGCAGGAACUCCAGGAGGUGGCGCAGGAGCUGUAGGCGGAGGUGGCAGCAAGGGAAAUCCAAAUGCGAGUGACAGCAAUGUCACCUGCAGCGACGCUGAGCUUUGCGCCGGCAACACAGCGGAUGCCAAAUGCAACAGCGGCAACGGCGAUGCCAAUGAGGCGCUUAAAGAUACCGACGGCGGCAGUCAUGGCGGCAGCGACAAGUCCGAGAAGUCUCUUGGCGCCUCCUGUGAUGUGAGCGGCCAUACGGUUAAUUCGGCCACACGCUCCGAUUCUCCCACCCACUUCAAGCGCGAGCCACAUUCCGAUCACGAGGGCUCCAUGGAGCAUCAACAGCGCGCCAUCACGGCCCCAGAUAAUCAGCCCCGCUGCUCCAGUCGUGAUCGCGAGGAUCAACCGCCCAGUGCUGGAUCUGUGGCCGCUGCAGCAGCUGCUGCUGCCGCUGCCGCUGAUGGCAGUUUGGCUGCUGCUGCGGCUGCUGCAGCUGCUGCCGCUGCGAGCAAUGGAAAGGCGCCUUGGAGCUAUCCAGGCAUCGAUCUGAUGGCCACUGGCGCCUUCUGGCAAAAUUAUUCGGAAUCCCUAGCCCAGGAGCUGGAGAUGGAACGCAAGACACGAGCUGCCAACGCUGAGCGCGAUGUGAAGAGUCCGCUGUCGGAGAGGCCAACGGCUUAUUACAAGAAUUCGGUGCUCUUUGGCAGUGCUAAUUAAACUGCAUACUGGACGAAAGCUGUUAGCUGGACAAAAAAGGUGACAUGGAUAUUUGAUCUCAAAGUGCAAUCCAAGCAAGCGAAAGAAAUGGCAAGUGAAUGAUUGAAAAAAAAACAGUGGCAGGUGGAAAGUGGAAUCGAGAAAAACGAGAAACGCGGCCAGAACCAAAAUGCAGAAUCCCAGGCAUUAUUAGAGCAAACUUUUGUACAUAUAUUUACUUAUAUAAACAUAUAUAUAUAUUUAAUAUGAGAUGAGUGUAGGAGAAUAUUUAGUAUGUGGAUUCGAUUCGUCUGCAGAUCGUUGCAAACGAUCGCGACGGCGAUCAGUUUGAAGUUGAGGAUAAUAUAGGCAAAAAUGAAAGAGUAAAAAGCACUUCCAAAAAGUUAAAAAAAAAUAAAAUAAAUAAAUAUGAGUGCUUAAAUGAGUGCUCGUAGUUGUACGUUACGUACAUUCAUGAAUAGUUUCCAGUAUUUUAUAUUUUGUACAUAGGCAUACAAAGACUUUUAAUAAAAAACAAACAACAAAAAAAAAGAAGAUAACUCAAUACUGGGCAGAAGAAAGAGUCUUCAUGGGCUACUACAAUAAAAAAGAAAUAAAAAAAAUAGUUGGCAUACCUAGCAUUUAACAUCCAAGCGUCAAAAUUUAGCAUCGUUUCAAAUAGUUAGCUUAGUUUUUUUUAAUUUAAAAAAUAUGCACAAACACACAUACACAUUCGAUUACUGAGUAUGUGUGUCUGUGUAUUUAGUUCUGCUACAUUUUAUAUGCCGGUUUUUAUUAGUGUUUUAAAAUGAGGGAAAGAAGAAAACUUAGUAAUUAUUAAGAAGUAAAGCGAUCAUUAAUGUUAAAUGCUAAGAUUUUAAUUUAUUCAGUAGCCUAGCAGCGGAUUAAGCUAUAAUAUUAACAACAACAAGAAUAAAACAUAAUGUAUUUCACUUGCUUAGACAUUAAUCCUUAAACAAUAUGAUAUACUAUAUAAAUAUAUAUAUAUAUAAUACUAUAUGCUAUUAAAUGAUAAACAGAACUUUAAACGGCCGACAUUAAAAGAUAUGUUAUAGAAAUGACAUUAAAUACCUAUUUAAACGCUUCAUAUGCUAUUAUACAUAUAUAUAAACUUAAAAUUACAUUAACUUUAGUCAUAACAAUAGUCACUGAACGUAAUAUAUACAACACUUUAAUGUGCUACAUUCAUCGCUCGCUGCAAAACAAAACAAAACAAAACAACAAGAAAAACAACAAUUGUUACAAUAAAUAGCAUGAAAACAAACAACAAUAAAUACAGCAGAAAAAAACAACAUAAGCAAGUAGAGAACAGAAACUAUAACGAAAAGCGAAAAGUUUAAAAAUAAUACAUAAUAAAUUAUUAUUGCAUAA